UACCAAGUAUUUUAGAGAACUAGAGCAGCAAAAACUAUUCGGACCCUUAUUCAAAAGGCUCCAACUGCUUCGACGCCAUGAAAAAUUGUGCUGGAAGUAAUGUUUUGGCCAUUCAAGGCAUGAACUGCGUGGUCAUUGGAACGGAUAAUGCGGUCGACGGGAGUCUGUUCAGAGUGGCGGCAGUACGUGGCCGUCUUUAUUGUGGGAUCGAAGGACCAGAAUCUCAUGUUAAGGCCGUGCGCAAAGAAAUGGCCAUCCGCGUGCAGCGGAUUUCUGGACAGGUGACGCCAGAGGUGUAUACAAUGAUUUUGUCCCGUUUCUUGCAAGUCAGCCCGGUACCCUACCAAGUGGACUGCAUUGUGGCUGGCCUCCAACCCGUCACACGCCGUCCGUACAUCGCCACCGUGGAUAUGCUUGGAAUCACAAAUUAUAUCGAUGACUUUGUUGCAGUUGGAAAGCUCCGUCCACAGCUUCACGUCAAUUGUGAGGCUCUGUAUAAACGUGACAUGAGUGUGGACGACGUAUUGGAAACCAUGGGCAAUACCUUAUUUGGCAAUACCAACCCCGAUGUAGUCAAAGAAGCCUUAAUCUUUAUUAUAAGGCCAAGCUUGAAUUUACAGGACACAGGCACGACGGCAAAUCUGGAAAAUUAAUUAACGCCGUGUGAUUUGAAGAGAAAGAGAUGGCACAAACA